GCGUUCACCGUUCGCGUCCACUAGCCGUUCACCGUUCGAGUUCGCAUUCGCGUUCGUCUGGAAGCCACGUUGCUCUGCUUCAAACUCUGCGACCAACCCGCGCGCUCCACCUAGUCGUCGAACUGCUCUCUUUUGUCGCCGCCUUUAAAGGUUCGCCGUCGACUAUAAGGCUAGAGUGCUGCCAUUAGUGCAACGUCCAUUCCCGAAUUGUGGUGCUGUGAUGGCGGCGACAACAACCGAAAACAUAUUGAAAGAAACAAUGCAGCGAUACGAAGAAGAUGCAAGCGACGAUAAGAGCUUCGAGGAGCUCGGUGUGGACGCUCGUCUCAUUCGUGCCUUGCUCAAGAAAGGAAUCGACAAGCCCACACCAAUUCAGAGAGUCGCUAUUCCACUCAUUCUGGAAGGUAAGGAUGUGGUUGCUCGUGCGAAGACGGGUUCUGGGAAGACGUUUGCUUACCUUCUCCCCAUGCUACAGAAACUAUUCGCUAAUGUUGAUCGCAAGAAGCAGGCACCCAAUGCUUUUGUUCUUGUUCCGACUCGCGAGCUGUGUCAACAGGUCUACAUAGAGGUUGUGUCACUCAUUGAGUUAUGCCGAGUUCAACUGAAAGUCGCCCAAUUGAAUAGCAAUAUGCAAGCUUCUGAUCUGCGUGCAGCUCUGACUGGACCUCCUGAUAUUUUGAUAUCCACACCUGCUUGCCUAGCAAAGUGCCUGUUUGAUGGUGUACUUCAACCAGCUUCCAUUAAUGCUACGCUUGAAACUCUAAUUCUUGAUGAGGCAGAUCUUCUGUUAUCAUAUGGAUAUGAAAAUGAUAUAAAAUCUUUUACGCCUCAUGUACCCAGAAGUUGCCAGUGUCUUCUUAUGUCCGCAACAUCAAGUACUGAUGUUGACAAACUAAAGAAGUUGAUUCUACACAACCCAUUCAUUUUGACUUUGCCUGAAGUGGGAAAUAAUAAGGAUGACGUGAUCCCAAAAAAUGUUCAGCAGUUCUGGAUCUCGUGCCCUGCCAAUGAUAAAUUGCUCUACACCCUUGCUGUUUUGAAGUUGGAGUUAGUGCAAAAGAAAGUUCUGAUAUUCACUAAUGACAUAGACAUGAGUUUCAGAUUGAAAUUAUUCCUAGAAAAGUUUGGGAUUAAGUCUGCUGUUUUAAAUGCUGAGUUGCCACAGAAUUCCCGACUCCAUAUUCUCGAGGAGUUCAAUGCUGGUCUGUUUGAUUAUCUUAUUGCAACUGAUGUCAGUCAGUCGAAGGAGAAGGAUGAAGCACCUAAAGAAGGCAAAGGAUCACGAAAGUCUAGGAAACAUAAACUUAAACUCGAUUCUGAAUUUGGAGUAGUAAGGGGAAUUGAUUUCAAAAAUGUAUUCACGGUUAUAAACUUUGAUAUGCCUCGAAGUGUUGCAGGAUAUGUACAUCGAAUUGGACGUACAGGAAGAGCAUAUAGUUCUGGUGCUUCUAUUUCUCUGGUUUCAACAGAUGAGAUGGAAACAUUGGAAGAAGUAAAAGCUUUUGUUGGUGAUGAUGAAAACAAGGGCUCAAACACAAUUGUGGAGUUUCCUUUCCUCACCAAGAAUGCAGUUGAAUCUUUGCGGUAUAGGGCUGAGGUGAUUUAUCAUUUCCUAUUUUCCUUUACUCUUGAAGAAAAAACUUGUAAACAACCAUAGCAAUUCAUUAAUGCUUCAAGUAGUUAGUCUUUGAGUGACAUGAUAUAUUUUCUACUUCAUUUUGAUUUAAAUUCUAGUUUAAAAAUGGAAUUACUUAUUUAAUUUGUUACAUAAUUUGUGACUUUAAGAAAAAGGGCAGCCCAAUGCACGUUCCAGAGAAUGGCUGCACCUAAAGGCAUCAGGGACUGCUCCCAAUAAUUGUUGUUCCAACUUCCUGGUAGAGUUUGUGACUAAAUUUAGAAAAAUCGUUGUGUGCUUGUCGUUUCAUUUGUAUCUUAAGCUUGAGAAUAUUGAUUGACAAGCCCGGUGUGUCUUUCUGCCAUUUCUAUUUUUCUUUUACUUGAAGAUUUAGUGUAUAUGCAUGUCAUGGUAUAUUCACGGCAUUAGAAAGAUUUAGAAAAAAAAUCUUCCUGUUCUUUUAUCUGAUUUUAAGUGUAUAUGCAUGGCAUUCCUAAUUAUAUUUGGAAAUCAUAG